UGCCGGACAGCACGGGGCUCGGGGCUCGGGGCUCGGGGCUCGGGGCUCAGGCUAGGAGCGGGGCAGUGUAGCUCCCGCGGUUCCUGAGCCCGGCGCCGUUGGGAGAUGGCGCGACGGCCCAGAGAAAUGGCCAGCGCCGCCGGCGACUCCAGCCUGGACCCCGGCAUUAAAGAAAUGAACGAGACGUGGAAGGGGACGGUCGCCUGCCUGGGGGUCGCCUUACUUUUCCUGAUGACCAUCGGCGUCCUUUACUGGCAGGUAGUGGAUAAGCCGGACACCAAUUGGAUUCUGAGGGGUGAGGUCAGCGGGCUGGUGUGGGACAGGAGGACCCUGUCCUUCUCACUGAUGUCCCUCAGCCAGGACAAGACUUUCGCUCGCAUUGAAGCCCGCCACUUGUCUGGCCAAGGAGUCACCCUGCUAAAUAAUCUCUGCUGGUUCAAUACCACCCGGUUCUGUUACACAUGGGACGGCGUGGGCGAACUCCAGGUGUCCCUGGAUGCACAGAAUCGGAGUGUGGCGGAGUGUUACCGGGUAGAGUGGACACCCCUCCACUGCCAAGUGGCGCUGAAGGAUUGCUUUUCCAUGGUGAAUGUAUCCUGGUAUGGAGGAGGAAGUAUGCACUUACACUACUGGCCCAUAAACAAUGCAGACAUCGACUGGCAGCCAUUCGUUAUCAGUGAUCUACAGGACACACCCACUGGUUAUGGAUCAGUAUUAGAGAGAUACUUCCUUGGAUCCACAGGUGUGGCUGUGCGUGUUCAUCAGGAAGUCCCAUUACAUGCUGGAAUUGAGAGCAGAAAGCAUUUGUGCCUGGGGAUCCCACCCAACGCUGAGAUGGUGCCCUUGAGGUAUACGAUAUGUGUGAGUGACAGUCUGAGAUCAGCCCAUCAACAACUCGGCAGUGUGAUCCCUGUGGUUCAGCCUGACACCAGCAUUUUAUGGCUACCGCUCUGGAGGUCACAAAGGGUUGCUGACAUUGCAUUAAGGCUGGAGCAUAAUCUGAAGGCUUUGUCCAGAAAACUGAAGCAUCAUGUUCUCGGAGAGGGAGUGAUGGAUCUCAGCGAACAAUCUACGCUGCUACUGUCUAAUGAGGCAUAUGAAUCACUUCACUUGCAGAACAGAUUCCGUGCCCUACGUCAGCUGAGGUUGUCCAUCACACUCUCUCCUUUCACGAGCAUCGAUUCCUACCACUUCCAGACCUCCCUACAAGAAGGACGAGAGAAUUUAUGGCUCUCUCUUUCAUCAGCAGCAAAUGGAUCUCAGGGGCCCAUCCUGAUGAAGUGGAGGGGGAGGUUUGCGGUGAAGUUGAACAUCAGCAAUGAGGAGGCAAAGGACUGGUUCAUUGAGCAGGUGCGCAGCCUACAGAGGAGAAUGAAGAUCAAGUAUAUCAGUCUGGAAGUUGGAGUGGGAAGCCCCUACAUGGGACAGGCAUGCCAUCAUUCCUGCCGGCUGUGUGGAGAUGAAUACAUCAACCAGUUCGCACUGCUGGCAGAGGAGCUGGGAAAUGCAACAAUUAUAUCAGCUGCUACUAGGUCUGCUCACUUGCCAAUGUUUGUUCGAAUGGUACCUCGACUGUCUGACUGGAGUUAUGCAGGAUUAAAGGGCCUCAUUCCCUCUGUCCUUCACUACAGUUUGCUGGGAUACAGUUUCUUUAUUCCAGAUGCAGUAGGAGGUUCUCUGACAAAUGGCUUUCUUGCAGACGAGGAGCUGUUUAUCCGGUGGCUGCAGGUUGUAACUUAUCUACCUGUGAUGUCUUUCAGCAUGCCGCCAUGGGCAUUUGGGAAGACCUGGGUUGUGAAUGUGACCCGGUCAUACAUACACAGACAUCAGGCUUUUGUGGUGCCACUUCUGUUGAAAUAUGCUGCGGAAUGGGCAUCCCUUGGGCACCCUGUGUUUAGGCCCCUGUGGUGGGUCAGCCCAAAUGACCCAAAUACAUUUAAAAUCAAUGACGAGUUUCUGAUUGGUGACGAGGUACUGGUGGCACCAGUGACGGAGCCGGGCAGAGUCCAUAGAAACAUCUACCUACCAGGAAGCAACUACCGCUGGAAAGAUGUGAAUACAGCACAGGUGUUUGAUGGUGGCACCCUGUUGCAGGACUACCCCGUGGCCCUGGUUGACGUGGCAGUUUUCAUCAGACAGGAGUCCCGGGAUCUACCAUCUGCAGAGAGCCAGCAAGUAACAUCCCAGGACUGAGGGACCAAAGUUCUUCACCAUUCUUGAACAGUCAACAGGACUUUCACUACUGACAAUAGCUUGGCUGCCUGCACUGUCUUAAGUGUCAGCAGGUGCCAUCAAUGGACUGUGAUAAAGGAACAGCCCAGUCUGUGAUCACCAGCUCCCUAAGGGAAUGGUGCAAAACCUGGCUCUUCCAUCACCUGUUGUAAUUUGUGCAGCAGCUCUGGCCCAAACCUUCCACAAUCAUGCCUUAAUGUUGCCUGUGAGGCUGAACUGUUUACUGGUGAUAGCUGAACUGAGUGUUCAUCAGGUACAGGACAGGAAGUGGCCCAUGUCCAAAACAAGGUUAAGGCCAAGCUCUGGCUCAUACCUUGGUUUAGGGCUCAGAUCCAGUUUUAAGCUCAGGUUUAGGCCCAUGCUUGAACAGACCCAGGCUCUGGUUCAGGACCAGGCCCGAUUCCGGGCCAGCACAGUCACAGAUCACCAUAGUCUUUAACUUUUUUUUCACAGGCAUUCAGAUAGCAAAACUGUAGCUUACAGUAUGUUUAGUUUACAAAGAAAAAUGUUAUUGAGAAAUGAAACACCUCCAUUUCAGUCACUCACCCUCAUCAGCAGGGAAAGCACAGGACAAGACAUACAGUUAGACUCCCUUUGCCACCCCAUCCAACAUCACAGGGCAGAAACAAGAUCACACAAUGUACUCCCAGAUCAGAUAGAAAUUCAAACUCUCUACACUGUCUCAUAACUACUCCCAAGGGAGGGUCAGCACAUGACUCCUCACCGUCCUACCACACACUGCAAGGGCAAGGACAGCAUGGGUUAGAUACAGAGGAAAGCUCUCUUUUCACUGUAACAUCAAAUACUCCCAGGUCAAGGGCAGCACAAGAUAGACACAGAAUAAAGCUGUCUUUACACUGUCCUAUGACAUACUUGCAAGGCAGAGUCAGCAUGGAUACACUUUACCCUGCAAAAAGGUCAUGUGUUACGUGUGUCUAUGUCAACAGUAGAGUCUAGAAUUAUUUCGUAACACUACUUAUCCAGUACCCCAGUAUCAAGCUGCUUUUAUCCAUCUGUGUCUGUGUGUGGCACUGCAGCCAAGGAGCCCUCACCAUCACCAUACCCACAGUCUGAAAGAUUUAUACUCCUCUUCUCCCCAUCAUAUCUGGUUAUAGGCAGCAGUAUAGAGGAAUACCACCAUCUCCAUAUUUCACUGAGAGUCAUGCAACAUGGGAUACAUUAUUGUCAGGUCAGAUCCCGUGGACUCCCUUCCCAAGAACACUGUGGAAGCACCUUCAGCAGAAGGGCCACAUGGUUCUCCACUACCUCAAGGGUGGUUAAUGCUGGCCUUCCAGUGACGCAGAAAUGCUGACAAAGGUGAGCUGACGCAGAACAUCCUGCAGAGGGGUUUCAGGAUCAGGUUUAAUAUCACUGGCAUAGGUCGUGAAAUUUGUUUUGCGGCAGUGGUACAUUGCAAGAAAAGUCUAUAAAUUACGAUAUAAAUUAGAUAAGUAGUACUGAGACAGAGUUCAUAGGUUCUUUCACCAUUCCGAAAUAUGAUGGCAUGGCAGAGGGAAAGAAACUGUUGUUGAAACAUUGUGUGUGUGCCUUUAAGCUCCUGUACCUCCUCCUCAGUAGUAGCAAUGAGGACAGGGCAUGUCCUGGGUGAUGGGGAUCGGUACUGAUGGGUGUCACCUUCUUGAGGCAUUGCCUUUUGAAGGUGGCCUGGAUGCUGGGAGGCUGGUGCCCAUGAUGGAGCUGGCUGAGUUUAUAACUGUUUGCAGCUCUUUCCAAUCCUAU